UAUACAAAGUAGUUCCAUGGUAACCGUGCACCUCGCCUACGAACACGGGCACACUGGUUUACUAUCGCAUACUCUGAAUAUAUUACAAGGUCAAAGAAGAAUAAUAAGACGCUGGCUGUGGGUUUUUCAUAACCUCGUUGUUGUUUUUUCGCCUUGUCGUGGCGGAUGAAUCUGCAAGUGAAGUUCCCUGAUUAUGAUCUGGGCGAACAGCAACAUUGGAGCCUGUUGCGCACACGUGUAGCGGAGUUUAUUCCUAUCAUCAAUAAUAAUAAGGAUUCAUUGUUGAACCCAAGUUAUUAACACAUUUCUUGCGUUCGGGCUUUUUUUCCCCCAACCCGCUGCACGAAUCGAGAGGAACGGUACCCCCCAACCUGGUCGUCCGAGAAGAGUCGGGGUACAACAGCAGAGUUUCCCCGGUCAGUCUGCAGGCUGGUGAUCCCCAGUUAGCUGCAGCGUUAAUUCCUUUCAUUCCUCGGACUGCUUGUGCGGUCCUCUGGGACUGGACCAUGUUUAAAAACACGUUUCAGAGCGGUUUCCUGUCGAUACUGUACAGCGUGGGUAGCAAGCCUUUGCAGAUAUGGGACAAGAAGGUCCGAAAUGGCCACAUAAAGAGAAUCACAGACAACGAUAUCCAGUCGUUAGUCCUGGAGAUUGAGGGGACCAAUGUCAGUACGACGUACAUCACCUGCCCAGCAGAUCCCAAGAAGACGCUGGGCAUCAAGCUGCCCUUCCUGGUGAUGAUCAUAAAGAACUUAAAGAAGUACUUCACUUUUGAGGUCCAGGUUCUGGAUGACAAGAACGUGCGGCGGCGUUUCCGGGCCAGUAACUACCAGAGCACCACGCGGGUCAAGCCCUUCAUCUGCACUAUGCCCAUGCGACUGGACGACGGCUGGAACCAGGUUCAGUUCAACCUGUCUGAUUUCACCCGCCGCGCCUACGGCACCAACUACAUUGAGACCCUGCGCGUGCAGAUUCACGCCAACUGUCGGACCCGGAGAGUUUAUUUCUCUGACAGACUCUACUCUGAAGACGAGCUUCCAGCGGAGUUCAAGCUCUAUCUCCCAGUGCAGAGCAAGGCGAAGCACUGACUGAUUGACCUGGACCUGCUGAAGAACCUCGCCUGAGGGCACCGGGAGCACGGUUCACACUGCACUCUCUUUCUUACGUGUACAAAUAUGUGUAUUUAAAAAGAUGUAAAGUUG